AUGGUGCUGGAUAAUAGUAACCAGGAACCCAAAACAAAAGCAAAGGCCUUUCGUUUCGCUCCCCACGGACAGCGCCAAUGUUGCAGUGAUGACACUAGUGUGGAGAGUUCUGAGGUAGGUGAAGUGACAAUUGUGGAGGAUAAUUCAAGCAAGAAGGGAAGUAGAGGAAGGCGUCCUGUUCCAUCAACGUUAACCAGGGAGGUUAUUUCCAGCUAUUUCCACAUGCCAGUUUGUCAAGCUGCGGAGGAGUUAGGGAUAGGGGAAACGACGCUCAAGGAAAGAUGUAUAUUCUUUCAACUCAUCUUGAGACUAUGGACGAAUAUUAACGAUUUCAUCAGACAGGAUUUUGAAGAAAAUCCGAAGGAUGCUUUGACAAGGGCGACUAUAGGGGUUUUGAAAAAUAGGCAUAAGCUACUGUCUGACAUGCCGGGUUCAAACUUAGAUCCCGAGACCCUGUGUUUGAGGAAUGCCUACUUCAAGUUAAAUUACUUGAAGAGAAAGCUUAGAAGAGCGAUGAUAUCCUCAUCUCCUUCUAUAAGCUCCCCUUGGACUCCCAUUUCUAUCGCAUGUAUUGGUACGGAGGGCGACGAGGAGGAUAUGGAUAUCCCCCUGAAAGAACUUUUGAGAAGGUCGAAGGCGAGCCCCCCUUCCUUCGUGAAUGUUGUGACCCCGGUGAUGAUUAAAGGUGUACCCCCCAAUGGAUAA